UGAUUUGUCCUGGAAUGGAAAUUGAUCUUUAGCCCUUUCUGAGAAGCCUGUAGCUACGAGGUUUAGUAUAAAAAGAGAGCGUUUAUAAGUUUUGUCCUCACACGUGCAGGGAGCUCGAGAAGCCAUGAUGUUGUCGUUGAAGCUUAUUCCAGCAGUGCUAUUGGUGGUCGCUACGAUUUCCGUACAAGGCGCACCGCAUGGAGGUCUUCCGCCGCCUGACAAUCUCGAAGACAUGGCGAUGUCAUUGGUCAUGGAGGCGAUGGCCCAAGGGAUGUCUGAAGAGGAAGCUGUUGCUUAUGCUGAACAGAAGAUGAUAGAGGCGAUGUUAGAAGAUCCAUCUAUGCUCGGACCACAACCGUCCGAGCCAGAGGACUCCAACGAUGCCCCUCCUCCCGAAGUCAUGAUGAUGUUCGCAGAAGCGAUGGCCCAAGGAAUGUCUGGAGAAGAAGCUGCUGCUGAUGUUGAACAGAAGAUGAUGGACGCAAUGGAUGUAGAUCAAUCUGAAGUCGUGGCGAUGUUCGCGGAAGCGAUGGCCCAAGGUUUGUCCGAAGAAGAAGCUGCUGCUCUUGUUGAACAGAAGAUGAUGCAGAAGAUGAUGGAGGCACUGGGCGUAGAUGGACGUAACCUUCAAUGAAGGAGCAUGAGAAACAACAAAGAGAUCCAAGCUUCUCUGAACGUCGCGGGGUGGUUGUCUGAGACCUGAAGAAGUCGAGUUGUUUUUGACCUAAAAAGUAAUGCAUGUAAACUUUGUCAUCGUUAGAAGUGAUUUACAUUAUAAAAGUCAGAUGAAAAUCCA